UUCUGCUUUUCACUCCCUCCUCCCCUUCUUUCUUUCCCUUCGCCGCCUCCACCCAACUCUUUUGUCUUUUUCUUGACUUGUGUUAUUUCCCCUUCUCCAUAACUUAUGACGCAAUCUCCGAAUCUUCGCUUCUUUGGUCUCAACAAGGAGCGCAAGAAUCAAUCCGCUACUGCUCAAUCCACGGCAAGAUCUCCGACUACCACCACCACCACCACUGACGCCGUUACGGACCCUGCUCCACAAGGCUCUCAAACCAGUGUACACGGGUGGCUCAUGAAUGUCCCGGGCUACAGGGAAGAACGUAAAGAACAAGAGUACAGCACGAUUGUCGAUGAGGACAACAAUGGUAUUCCUACUGUUAAAUCACGACAUUUAGCAAAUGGGCGCCCAGAGUCAAUAUCUUCAGUCAGCUCGGCCGACAGCGUCAACCUGGAUGAUUUGAUUAAGAAUAAUUUCACUAAUCAAGUGGACGACGAGACGGAUUUGCCUAAUUUAGCUGAUUUGGAUUUGGACGACUCUGCGGAUGACUUUUGGAAGAUGAGUGAUGCACUGACGAACUUUCGUCCUUCCACAGUCAAUAAGGAUGAGAAACUGUCAAAUGAUCGUACUGGUCACGAAGUGCUUUCGGUAGACGGACCAUUUGAUGAAAGCGAGUUUGUUGGAAUGGGCAAGAUGACUGCUAAUGAAGAUGAUGAGCUUAUGAACUGGUCUCCUGAAAGUAGCACUGGUAAUUACAAACACAAGAGGGAAGAAGGUUUAUUAUUAGUAGUAUUCUUGGAAGCUAAAUAAUGUGCGUGGGGUUGGGGCACAUACAUUUGUUUACAACAACACAAUAGAGGAGAAAUUGGAUACCUUAUCAAACGCAUCAUCACGAACAGCACAGUCCCGCCUUCGUCCACCAUCACGCUUCUCAUCGCCCG